AUGUUGCUGAUUCGCACAUUCGUUCGUGCAUUCUGUGGACGUGCACGGGCAAUACUCUCACUUUUUAGGUGGCCGAAUGUGCAUGUUGCCAGGUUAUCUGAUAUCGUGGGCACGUCAGUCUUGACUUUGAAUGGCGUUGCUGCCAAACUGGGAUGGGUAUUGACGAUUACCUUCAUUGGUGGGCUUUUUCCAGUUGCACUUUACUCGUCCUUGCUGAUGAGCAGGACACGCGGGAUAUUGAGCCGAAUGCUUGGUGCUGACAAGACGGUUGGUCUGGGCACCAUGGGGGAGAUAGCGGCAUGCGUUUUUGAUUCUGGACGCGCUGGUCGGAUAGUAAUUGUCAUUGUUUACGGCUACACGGCAUUGGGCCAAGCCUCUUACAUGCUAGUGAUGGGACGAGCGCUUCAGAUGACACUCUACGACAAGCCACUCUGUCUCCCCAUUGCGGUCCUUUUAACCAUCGUGGCCCUGUUGGUGCCAAUCUAUGGAGUUCGGAAGCAACCGGGCUGA